GGUGCUAACAUCUGUUUCAUUUCAUCACUACUGAAACAAUUCCUUGAACUUGGUACUGGAGGUCGGGUCCAAAUUAAAUCUUAUAAACUCCUGCACUUCUUUCUGGAGCGGUCGUGUUUUAACAUGGAAGCUGCUAAAUAUUUCUGGAUUUUAUCCUUAGCGGCAGUUGUCCAGCUGGGGUCAUGUGGGCCUCACUCGAGACCAAAGAGGUCCCAGAUGUGUUUUGGAGAGCUUGGCUGCUUUACGAACGAGGCUCCUUUCAACAACACGGACAAUCUGUUACCCCAGUCACCAGCACUUAUUAACACCACAUUCAGACUGUUUACGGAAACGUGUAAGAGACCGUAUAUUUUACAUGCCGGGGACACUGGGUUCAAGUCUGAUUGUAAUUUGGAUCCUGCCCUUCCUCUAAAGUUUGUGGUACAUGGUUUCCUGCAGCAUGGUCAGGUGAAAUGGGUCAGGGACAUGGCCGCCGCACUUCUGAACAAGGAACCGAUGACUGUUAUCACUGUGGACUGGGGAAGUGGAUCAGGAUUUCCCUACUCACAGGCUGCGGCAAAUACACGUGUUGUCGGAGCGGAAAUAGCCCGCUUGAUCAACUUCCUGCGUGCGCACGCAAGUGUGUCAUUGGACAAAGUACACAUCAUUGGUCACAGUCUGGGCGCCCAUAUUGCUGGCUAUGCCGGAGAAAGGGUACCUGGGAUCGCCAGAAUUACAGGGCUGGACCCCGCCGAGCCGGACUAUAAGGACACGGACCCGUUAGUCCACCUUGAGAAGACAGACGCCGAAUUCGUAGACAUCAUUCACUCCGAUGGUUCCGAGUUUGACUAUGUCUCAGGUUUCGGUUGGAUAAAGGAAGUGGGUCACAUAGAUUUCUAUCCUAAUGGAGGAGAGAACCAACCAGGCUGCCCUCUGGAAAGUGUCAGUAAUAUUAUGACAGCCGCGUAUUACAAUGGUCUUGAAGACGCCGAAGAUACCCUGAGCUGCAGUCACAGUAGGUCCAUCUUCCUGUUCACAGAGUCCAUAAGCACAGACUGCCCGUUCUACGGACACCCUUGCAAUAGCAUCAGCGACCUGGACUCCAACAGAGGAAACUGUCUCACGUGUCCACGUGGUGUUUGUCCGGAAAUGGGAUACAAUGCUGACAGAUCUCAUGCACGUGGGAAAUUCUACCUCCGCACGAGAUCAAGCAAACCUUUUUGCGGACACACCCAGCACGUGGAAAUCGAGUUCGGCAGUAUGCUUCCGACAACAGGCCAAGUAAAGGUUGAAAUGAUUGGCCAUGACCAGACGUCAGAUGCUGUUGUGAUCAGGAGUGGUACGAAUCCAUUCCUGUCUGGUGAUCAGCGUGACAUUCUUGUUGUGGACCGUGAAAGAAUGAGCGACGUUGUAGAAGUGCGUGUGACGUUCACGCGACCUAUGGCCUACACGUGGUGGUGGUCGUCUGCAAGGACAACACAACGUUCUGUGACUAUUUACAAGGUCACACUGACGUCUGCAGAAGAUGGUCGGAGGAUUCAUUUCUGUGGGGACCAUCGCACAGUUACCAACGGGAAUACAAUGACUUUGACCAGAAGCACCACUGACCCUAACGAGUGUCUGCACGUGCCGAUGGUGCACGUGAAUCAUCAUAUUUUCUAAUUAUUACGAGAAACACAUGCCUGUCGGGAUAAACCAUAUCACGUUGAAAUAGAACAUGUAGUAUUUGAUUCUUACAUAGAAAUAGGAAUGUUCAGUUGAUAGCUUUUUUGGAUAGCCCUUGAAAGGGUUCUUUUCAUUACAAGUUGUAAGGAAUUCAGGGCUAAAGUGUUGGUUCUACGUACUAAAACAUAUCGAAAUGUAGUCAAAUUCUAUUCCUCGAAAACAGUAAGCAAACGUCGAUCAAAAAUACUAAUAUUGAAAAAAGCAACGAUUAAGAGUAAGCAGCGCCUUCGAAGGGGAAUAAGAAAAAUGCAAGUUGUACAUAGCUGAACACGAGUUAGUUACCUUGACUUUAACACAGCUCGAUGACAAUUGGUUUUUAUUACUUUUAAAUUUUUACGUACAAAAGGCAAUGAAAGGUUUCCAAGCGUACAAGUUAUUCAGCUGAAACAGUUCCUUUGUUAGUCACUGGCUUUCACGUAUACUUAUUUUUUUCUGUCCAAUAAAGACACAAAAAGCA